AUGCCCAGGGCCGCGCUGGGUGGAAAGCCAAAGACGAAGGGGCAGAGCCGCGGCGCUGGCCACGCGCCCAAAUUCAUUAUCUGUUACCUGUGCGGUCGGCAGUUCGGCACCGCCAGCAUUGACAUUCACCGGCCCCAGUGUUACCUGAAGCGACUCAUCGUCUGGGAGCGUGGUGACCCAGCUAUUCGCGGCCUGAAGCCGCUGAGCCCAAGGGAGCACGAGAAAGUGAUGAAGGCACGUACGGCGAACGCGGAGGCGGCUGGUGGGAUCGCCGCAGGAGGCGGGUACUCCUGCGCCGGUCGCAUUGGUGGUGGCGGAUUCGGGAGGCAGGCAGCGUCGAGUGACGUGGCGCUCUACAAUCAAUUGCAGAUGGAAGCGUUCAACGACACUGCGCUCUCGCCCUGCCCUAACUGCGGGCGCACGUUCCUACCAGACCGUCUGCUGGUUCAUCUGAGGAGCUGUAAGCCUGGAAAAACGGCGAAGCCGAUCCCAACAGGCGCCUCUCGUGUCGCUCCUCCCGUGACCACGUCGUCGGCGGUGACUACAAGCGCCUCCCCCGCCCCGGCGAAGGGCAGGCGCAUUCGCGCGGCAGGUGCGUGCGAGGUACCCGCAAACGCCGGCGCGGAUGACGUGCCCCCUGGGACUGAGUCCUCUCGCAAGGCGUCGGGUCACACCGUGUCGAGCUGCACCUUCCCGAACGCGGAGAACGCGGAAGGCCAGAUGCCGCCCACCAACGUGACGUCGUCGCGGAAUCCCGGCCGCGCCGGGAGCGAGUCGAACACACGUGCCCUCGCUGUUAACGCCCCGAACGGUGCAGCCGUAGCUCCCAAGGUACUCAGCCGCGACGUAAUCGAGGUGAUGCUGGAGGUGGAUGUGGAGGACACGAAUCCGCCCUCGCCGCGUGCCCACACCGAGCAGCGCCUCUCCUUCGUGGCAAUGACGGGUGCCGACCCGGAUAUGCUUGGCUCCUCGGCGCCGAACCGACCGGCUUUGAUGGAGCCGAGCGUGGCGCCUCCACCGCCCACCCCCUCGCCCACGGGCACAAAUCAGCACGCGAACGGCAGCGGCAACAAUGGCGCCAGCUACGCACCCGUCUCACAGAGUACUUGGCGGGAAGGCAUGGCUGACAGUCAACUGUAUGGGCACGACACACCUAGCACCCUGCGCACUGUUGACGCGCUUGGGGUGACAGAGGAGAAACAAGCCGAAGCCUCCUUUGAGGCAAAUGUGCACUACAACCCCGCUGUCGAGCAAGACUUCGCCAUGGGAGGCGGCCUCGACGGUGGCGCGAAGGGGGAGCGCAACAGCGCUAAAAAGAUUCGACUGAACAACGUAUCCCAUUUCAAGAACGUCUCGUCACGGCUGAAUGUACAGCGGCAGUCGACGGAGGUGGAUCUCGCGCCGUGCACUUACUGCGGACGCAAAUUUCUGCCGGGGCGGGUGCAGAAGCACGAGGACUGUUGUAUCGAUCGAAACAAGCCUUUGGCGGCGCGGAAGGGCGAGACGUUGCCGGUGCGGCCGAGCACCGGCGCAGUGACCCCAAGGCGCGCGAAGCCGACACCAGCAGCACCGGCCGUCGAGAGCGCUGCGACGGGCAAAGCGAAGUUUUGCGGGGGCUGCGGCUGCAAAAUUUCUGAAUCUGAUCAGAAGUUUUGCACCGAGUGCGGGCACAAGCUGUAA